AUGGCGGAUCCAACUAAGACGUUUUUCCAAGGGUUAAAAAAAUUCAAGCAUCUGAUAUUAUUUGCUAAUGCUGUUCAUGACAGAACCGUACCGUUUUACACGGCGUAUAUUUCACUGAAAGAUCCUUUCCAAAAGAGAGAUUUCAUAGAAUAUGAGUACUUUCAUUAUGCUCACAAUGAUGAUUUUAUUCUCAAGUAUGAUGAUCAAGGUGUUUUAAAGCCAGUUAGUGACAUGUUUGUCAACAUGGAAGGAUCUAAGUUUGUUUCCUAUAAUACAGGUGUGGAGACUAAGGCGACUAAACAAGAACGACAAUUUCAAGCUUUUGCACUAUUUACAUUACCUUGGGUCUUUCCCAUAGUUUUUGCCAUAACGUCAGUGACGACUAUAGUCUCCCAUUAUAAGGUGCGAGAAGCACGCAAAGCCAAUGCAACCCUUGCAAUUGACUAUCUCGGUGAAGAAGAUAGUAGUCAAGCAGGCUCGCCUAGUCACGUUCAUGAACGCAGUGAGCAUCCUGAGCCUUCUUCCAGAUUGUCAAAGUGGGCUGGAAAUGCUAUGGAUGAGGUUCUGGCUGCUGACGGCGAAGAAGUGCAACAGGCUGAUUCAGUCAGAUCCAGUGUAGAGCCCGAGAGCGAUUCGACCACCGAUGUUGAAGAACCUUUGAAGGGAGAACUCACUGUCAAACCUUGCCUAGGUGAUGGAACCAAGGGUCUUCUCGCUUCCACACCUCACAGCCUUCCACUAUCACCUAAUGUUCAGAAAUUAGCAGAAUCACUCAAUACUUUGCAUUGGGAGAAAUAUGCCGUUAAGCUGGAGCGAAUGCACUCUCAUGCCGAGAUAGUUAAUCGUAGGAAUAAACCUGGUCAAGGACAACGAGUGGUUGCCUUUUGGGUCGAGUUGGUACAUUCGAAAUUAAAUAACGCUACCUGA